AUGCGUCCGGUGCCGCAGCACCGCGGACAUCCGCCACGGAAUCGACGGACCAAGAGCUGUACAGGAUGUUGCUUCAAAUGUCAGCUUUUUGUUUCUUACCUUCUCGUGAUAAUCGGAAUCCUCUUUCUCGCGCUCGCCAUAUGGUUGUAUUUCUUCCGCGGUGAUCUCAUUCCACUCAUUCAAAGCCAUUUCUACAUCUACUCCAUAUAUCUCGCAGUCAUCUGUGGAAUCGUGAAUGUGAUAAUUGGAUUCCUGGUCCACUCGGCGAUCAACAGUAAAUGUGUUUUGGUUCUGUACCUUCUAAUGUUAAUCGCUUCGAUGAUCAUCGAGGGAUGUCUGAUCUACUUCACCUUCUCCUACCAUGCAACUUAUGUUCAAGAACUGGAAGUAUCCCUACCAAAUGAUAUGCUCAACAGCUACAAUAACGAUCAUAAGAUCGCCAAAGCUGUGAACUUUCUCCAGAGAGACGCCAAGUGCUGUGGAUCAAAUGCCUAUAACGACUGGCCAAAACCAGAAGUUGAAGAUCAUUAUCUCCCCUAUGCCAAGACUGUGAUGCAACGUGUCCAAUAUGUGCCAGAUUCUUGCUGCAAAAGUGCACACCAGCGGAAAGGAUGUGCAUUGAGUGAUAGUCCAAACAACAUUUUCUAUCGAGGAUGUUUGCCGUUCCUGAAAGAAGAGGUCUACAACAAUCUCAACUUCCUUUUCACUGUCACCGCCGCCUCGUUGGUACUUCAUCUUGCCAAUUUGCUCUUCGGAUGUUGUGCAUGCUUCAAGAGUGAUGAUGAUGAGGAGGAGAAUCCGUUCAAGGACUAUGAUCAGGAAAUGCAUCUGUUUGAUUGA